UUCACAUUUUCUGUCAAUCGACCGGGAGUAAAAAAUAAUAGGAAUAAUGAUAUACUAGAACAAAAUCUCCGAGAAAACGACCAAUAAAUUAUCAAAAUAUUUCUGGUGUCAUUCCUACGCACGUCCUACAAACACUUCAGGACAGGCAUCGCCGUUGGUCAUCAUGGGAUGGGUUAGGAUCCGCGAGAAUAUUUCCAUUGUACGAUUCAUGGUUAUACUCUCACUGGUCUGGACAAGUCUGGCGAGUGAACAAUCAAUCCACAAAUCAACUAACAACUUCGGGCCCGCCAAUCAGUCAUUUCUUAGCCGUGUUACGUCCGAGAAAUCGGCCGUGGCCGACGGAGGCGAACUUAACGUUUACGGAACCAGCAGCGAGGAUCACGUGGCCCAGGAAGCCGAAGGUGAACCUAACCUGCUGAUCGACGACGAGCUCAGGACUAAACGCGACGGUGAAAAAUGGAGCAGUUUACGCGGCAGCUGGGGCAAGCGGAACCCUGCCCAGCUCGACCGAGGAUGGAAUAACUUCAGAGGCACGUGGGGUAAAAAAGCUGACUGGAGCUCUCUCAGGGGAUCCUGGGGGAAACGAGGCUCGGACGCCAUGGCGGACAAGCGGGCAGACUGGUCCAACUUCCGGGGCUCCUGGGGAAAGCGUACCUCAGCACCGGAAGCUUCACUCGAUGAUUCUGUAAGCGACUUGGAUCAAUUCGAUCACGACUACGACGCGUUCAAUGAAGAUCCAUCGUCCGCACUGUCACCUGAUGACGCAACGCGCCUGAAUAACGACGCUCUGUUUCUUGAGACUGUAAAGCUACUAUCCCAGAGAGCGCAAAAUAAAGAAGACUUCGCUGACCAAGAAAUCUUAAACUCUGGCGACGAUGAAGAACAAAAUUUGGUUCAAAAGAGAAGUACAGCGGCAUACUCUGGAUGGCUUAAGAGGCCUGUUGGAACGCUGCUGUUGGCGCCACGUUCUGUGAACUGGAGCAGCCUGCGAGGCUCGUGGGGCAAGCGAAGUGGUCCAACUAACUGGAGUAGCUUGAGGGGCACGUGGGGCAAGCGGCCUGCCAAGGAUAGCAACUGGGCCGGCCUUCGGGGCACAUGGGGCAAGCGGCCUGCCAAGGAUAGCAACUGGGCCGACCUUCGGGGCACGUGGGGCAAGCGGCCUGCCAAGGAUAGCAACUGGGCCAAUCUUCGGGGCACGUGGGGCAAGCGGCCUGCCAAGGAUAGCAACUGGGCCAAUCUUCGGGGCACGUGGGGCAAGCGACCUGCCAAGGAUAGCAACUGGGCCGACCUUCGGGGCACGUGGGGCAAGAAAAGUGGAGGACAGAAAUGGAGCAGCCUGCGAGGCACUUGGGGUAAACGAAGUGAUCAAGUCGACGAGUUGGAUCUCGGAGACGAGUAACUCUGGCUCUGCGCUCUGGCUACAAUCUAUUCUCUCCGCCAUCACUCCGUCAUCACUUCCACUAAUGCAGGAGACGGAGGCCCACAUCUUACUUCCCAAAUUAGUUCCGUUUCAGGCAGAGUGUUCUUGUUUGUCGCUUCUUAGUAAAUAAAUUUAAUUACGAAUUGCUGACAAAUGAAGUUAAUUUUAAGCGCUGCAAAAACUCGCCUGAAUAUUCACCGAAACGCCUAAUGUCUACCGGUAAUUCGGUGGUUGGUAAUACAUAAUCAUGCAACUUAGGGCAAAUAAUUCCCAUUGGCGCGAUAUUUAUGAAGGAUAAACUUUUCAUGUGAAUUUUUUUGUUGUCGCACUCGGCGAUUCCAGUUUUGUUAUCCCAUUCAAGAAUGGAUAUCAGCCAUGGCGAUAGACCGAUACGACUAUAUAUAUAUUCCUCAUUUCAAGUUAUCUGUAACGAGAGAUGGCUUUCUUCUAUCUUUGUUCUAUCCUGUACUCUGAGAUGAACUCUCCAACUCAAUUCCAUGAAGCACGACAGCGAAAUUAGUGCCCGAACAGCUCGAUCUUUUCGCCGUUUCUUAACUCAGUAGCAUUGAAUUAUCGACAUGAAAAGGGCCUGGAUGCUCGUAAAUGUAAUUGAAUACUAUUAUUGUCUAUUAUUGUCAUUAUUCACAUAACUAUUGCUUAACUCAUCUGAAACUAAUGAGAUUCAAUAGCAUAUUCUUCUCUUUUAUUUGUUACUGUCGGUAACUUGGAAUAUCGGCAGAUAUGGUGCGAAAAACAUACCUUUUGCUCUAAUUAUGACUAUUAUUUUCUUGGACAAACACAACUUUUACUCGAGAGGGGAAAGAAUUAGGUAAAAAUAUACUCAUUAAAAUAUAAACACACUUCGAAUUUUUCAUUUAAUUAGAUUGAGAAUUAAAAUAAGGUAAAUAACCAGCAUGCUGUUAUAAAAUGAACAGCCAGUAUACGUUUAAGAUAUGUGAUCAAUAGUUUCAUCAGUUCAGACCCGGCAUUGGAAUGAGCGACUGUCAUCUUUACUGAAAUUGAUAGAACUCAGAGAUUUUUGAGUGUCUGAAGGGUUUUUGUUUGAUAUCAUUUAAUUGGAUUCAUAAACAUCACGCAAGCAGCGAUUGCUCUUCAAACAAAAAAAUUCAUACCCCAAUUCACGAAAGCGUCCUGUGCAAACGCCAUCACUUUGGCAUUGAGUCAUCAGGCCUGAAAUUUAUCCUCGUUAUUCAUUCUGAAUAGAAAAAUCCGGUGUAAACAAUACAAGAAUUCAUGGGAGUAACGCCGUGAAACAAAUUCUGUCCUCUUGGGAAAUCUGGACCUGCAAGCUCUUGUCUACGCCCACGAAUGUUUCAAUGAAGCCUUCAUUCCGGAUUGAAAAUAAACUCGAAUUGGAUCGGGGGAAAUGUACCUGCAGCGGCUCUUUUUGUCUUUGAUAAAAAAAAUUAUGCACUCAUUAGUGGAAAAUAGCGUUACGCUUGAUCUCAAAUCUUCUACAUUUCAGCAGAUAUUUUCAAAUUUAUUUUAACAAAUUUUUAACAGUCUAUUGAAAUUCUAGCAAGAUUGGCACAACGGGAAUUCAAUUUAGAUUUAUGGUUCUGCUAGUCAGGUUAUCCGACAAUAUUUCCAGAUAGGUCAGAAAAGGCGUCUUUAUUUUAUUAAUCUGACAUUUUUUAUACGUUGCUUCGCAAAAUGAAUCCGAUUCUCAAAUUGUCAAUUAAAACACGCAAGACACGUCGAUAUUAAGCGGUGCAAGUCGUUAACAUCAAGAAUUGAAUUAUGAGCAUUAUAACAGUUAUUGUUUAUAUUUACCUUGUAAUUCUGUUGUAUGUCUUUCUCCGCUGCAAACAAUAUAAUAACGGCCAAGUGUAUGUAACUCGUAACUUUCAGAGUGAUGAACACUGGUUUACGUGUUUACCAAUCUCAGAUGAAAUGCAAUUUCAAUGUAAGUGUCAUUAGAUGUCAUGCGAAUUGUAUUGAAUGAUUUGCGUUUUCUCCCCAUUCACUUGUACAAAUAUUCUUUGGUGUCAUAAUAGUAGUUACUUUGACACUUCAUUAAACAAACGAUCAAUAUUCUGCUAGUGAACACAUAUUUCUGGGUUAAUUUGUUUAAAUGUAAAAUGAAAUUUCUCACAUGAUAAUUGUAGGCAUAAGCAAAAACCGUACACCCAUCGCUUGGAAUUUUACAGGAGAAGUGCAUAAUUAAGACGUAACUAAUAUUCAUCACAUUCAAAGAAUGGAACUUGUAUUCGACAUAAAAUGUUUUCCCACAUAGCUAAGAAUUUGUGGUACAUGUUUCUAUGUAGGGUAGAAUUCGGCUUAUCUUUAUCGUUUUGAAGCGUAAUUUUUAUUUUAUUUUUCUUUAUUCAACUCGAAAAUUGAAUACAAAUUAUAUUUUACUUCGUUUGGAAAAAAUCACAAUCUCCUAAAUUUAAUUUUUGUUAAUACAAAUGCUUAGAUAUAUUUUGUUAAUGUUCCAUCGGGUGCAUGAGAAGUUCAUUUUAAAAGCUAGGAGCAGAAAUGACCAUGAUAAAAAUUUCGUUGGACGACCUCUGUUCGCGGUAGCAACAUUUUCUAUGAACCCUUCCAUAUAUUGACAGAUUGAAGGGAUUCUUAACAUGCGAUGUUAAUUGUUGCACUCCUUGCUCGUGGGGUUCUAUCAUUUUAUAUGAGUUAUAAAUGCUUAAACCCGCGUAAAUCAUAAAACCUGCAAAUCGCUGUCCCAACAGUAAUGCUGAAAUCUUUCAGCCUGCAGACCCCUAUUCCGGGAGUAAUUCUGAACCCAUCCGCUUGCAGAAACGCUGGAAAAUAUCAGUUUUAACUCGACCGCAAUAUUUAUUAAAUUCUGAAACUCUAACCAAUUCCUGAUCAAAUAUCUCAAGUCAAUAAAUAUCAUUGUUAUUGUUAGUGUUAUUGUACUUUCAGUGUAUAAAAACUGGCAUUUCUAUCGACAUCUGCGUAGACUUAUCGUGGCUUCAGACAAUUUGCUUUGAAUUUAAAUCUAUCAUUUCGUCACAUGAAAUAUUUUUUUAUGAUGAAUGGAACAGUCUGUUUCACACAAAAAGUUUGAGGAAUAACCAGAAGAAAACAGUUCUUCUAACAAUACUUCUACUAUUUGAGUCUGUGUUCAAAAAUUGUACCAAGAUGCUCAGUGGUGUAGCUGGAGAAGCUUCUGUGGUGAGUACAAUUUUCCUCGUUGCAAAAUAAAAGCAUUAUUUGCGUUU